AUGAAACGUAUCGUUAUGUUCAGUGAGUCAGAUUCAGACAGUGAGUUCCGGCAUGUGGAUACCGGAACCCCUAUGGUAAAGCGAAAGAAAAGAUCAAAGAAGGACACGGAUCAUUCAAACGAAGAUAGCUUAAAAGAAGGCGAUAAGGUUCAGCUUAGCAUUGUUGAAUCGCUUCGAAAGGCAUGCGACAAAGAAAAUGCUGCAAAGAAAAAAACUGGGAAUACAUUACACAACUACUUUAACGCGUUUGGUGGAUCGAAGCCAGAUGUCAGCCGCAAGAAAGUGUCAGUGGAUGAGUUUUUCUCGAGCUCAUCCUUGGGGAAAAAGCGGGUACAUAUUGUUUAG